AUGGUCAGUACAAUUUUAUCAAAGAAAAAGAAGUUAGUAGCAGAUGGUGUUUUUUACGCCGAAUUAAACGAGUUCUUCACUAGAGAAUUAGCCGAACAAGGAUAUGCUGGUGUCGAAGUUAGAAAAACUCCAUCCAAAUUAGAAGUUAUUGUAAAAGCUUCCAACGCUCAAGGUGUUUUGGGUGAACAAGGUAGAAGAAUUCACGAGUUGACCUCAUUAAUUGUCAAGAGAUUCAAACUUUCCCCUGAAGGAAUUGCCAUUUACGCUGAAAGAGUUGAAGAAAGAGGAUUAUCAGCUGCUGUUCAAGCUGAAGCUUUAAAAGCAAAAUUGUUGAUUGGUUUGCCAAUCAGAAGAGCCGCAUAUGGUGUUUUGAGAUUUGCCAUGGGUGCAGGUGCUAAAGGUGUUGAAGUUGUCAUUUCCGGUAAAUUAAGAGCUGCUAGAGCUAAAUCACAGAAAUACUCAGAUGGUUUCAUGAUCCAUUCCGGUCAACCAACUAACGAUUUCAUUGAUAUCGCCAUUAGACACGUUUUGAUGAGACAAGGUGUUUUGGGUGUUAAAGUGAAGAUUAUGAAAGAUCCUGCUACAAACAAGGUCGGUCCUAAAGCAUUACCAGAUGCAGUUGAGAUUGCUGAAGCUAAAGAUGAAGAUGAAGUUAUACCUGCUCCUUCCGUCAAGGUUUACAAAGAGAAACCAGAAGAAGCUGUAUCUAACGAAGUCGAAGCCGAAACCGCUGAACCUGAAACUGCUCAAGUCGAAGAAAAUGCUGGAGUUGAAGCAACUGCUUAA